AUGAGCGGGCUACUGGGCACCAGGAAUCGCCCAGGCCCAGGAGAGGCCUCCGACCUUAAGUCCCCCCUGGGCACCGGGCUCAGGAAACCUCUCACCGAGGCUCGAUUCCGGCAGCUCUUCGGGGGCGCAGAGGAGGAACCGGAGCCAUCAGCCGAGCCCGGCUUACCCUGGCUGCGCCGGCUGUGGAGCCCGCGCACCCGCGCUUGUUCCAGGCGGGGGGCGUGGCGCCUGCUUCUGGCGCGGCUGCCCCCGCUGCGCUGGCUGCCCCGCUACCGCUGGCGGACCUGGUUGCUCGGGGAUGUGCUGGCCGGAGUGACCGUGGGCAUCGUGCACGUGCCCCAGGGCAUGGCCUUUGCCCUCCUGACCUCCGUGCCCCCAGUGUUCGGACUCUACACUUCUUUCUUUCCAGUCCUCAUCUACACCUUGCUGGGUACUGGGAGACACCUGUCCACGGGAACUUUCGCUGUCCUCAGCCUCAUGACCGGCUCGGCCGUCGAACGGCUGGUGCCCGAACCCCCCGGGGGAAACCUGAGCGGCAUCGAGAGGGAGCAGUUGGACGCGCAGCGGGUCGGGGCGGCAGCGGCCGUGGCCUUUGGGAGCGGGGCGCUGAUGCUGGGAAUGUUCGCGCUGCAGCUCGGCGUCCUGUCCACCUUCUUGUCCGAGCCUGUGGUCAAGGCGCUGACCAGCGGGGCCGCGCUGCACGUGCUCGUGUCACAGCUGCCGAACCUUUUGGGGUUGCGCCUCCCGCGCCAAAUCGGCUGCUUCUCUCUCUUCAAGACACUGGCCGCCGUGCUGACUGCGCUGCCAGGGAGCAGCCCUGCCGAACUGACCAUCUCGGCGCUCAGCCUGGCGCUCCUUGUGCCGGUCAAGGAAUUGAACGUCAGAUUCCGGGACAGACUGCCUACCCCGAUCCCAGGGGAAGUCGUCAUGGUGCUCCUUGCCUCAGUGCUCUGCUUCACUUCUUCCCUGGACACAAGAUACAAUGUCCAGAUAGUGGGGCUGCUGCCUGGAGGAUUCCCCCAACCCCUCCUCCCCAACCUGGCUGAGCUGCCCAGGAUCCUGGCCGACUCGCUGCCCAUUGCACUGGUUACGUUCGCUGUGUCCGCCUCCCUGGCCUCCAUCUAUGCAGACAAGUAUAACUACAACAUUGACUCCAACCAGGAGCUCUUGGCACAUGGUGUCUCCAACCUCAUCUCCUCCCUCUUCUCUUGCUUUCCCAACUCAGCCACCUUGGCCACGACUAGCCUACUAGUGGACGCUGGUGGGAAUACACAGCUGGCAGGCCUCUUCUCCUGCCUAGUUGUCCUGUCAGUGCUGCUGUGGCUGGGGCCUUUCUUCUACUAUCUGCCCAAGGCUGUCCUGGCCUGCAUCAACAUCUCCAGCAUGCGCCAGAUGUUCUUCCAGAUGCAGGAACUUCCACAACUAUGGCGUAUCAGCCGCGUGGACUUUGCUGUGUGGAUGGUGACAUGGGUGGCUGUAGUGACCCUGAGUGUGGACCUGGGCCUGGCCGUGGGUGUGGUCUUCUCCAUGAUGACUGUGGUCUGCCGUACCCAGAGGGUGCAGUGCCUGCCACUUGGACUGGCUGAGGGGACUGAGCUCUACAGACCACUCAGGGAGAGCCACAAGCUCCUCCAGGUCCCAGGGCUCUGCAUCCUAAGCUAUCCAACACCACUCUACUUUGGGACCCGUGGGCAGUUCCGCCACAUCCUAGAGAGGCAUCUAGGGCUUAGAGAGGGAGACAAGGAAACCUCAAAACCAGAUGGCCCACAUGACACAGUUGCUGAGCCUGUUAGAGUGAUGGUCCUAGACUGCAGUGGUAUCACUUUCACAGAUGCUGCUGGGGCCCGAGAAGUGGUCCAGCUGGCCAGCCGUUGCAGAGACGCUGGGAUCCACUUUCUCCUCGCUCAGUGUAAUGCCUUGGUGCUGGAGACAUUGACCUGGGCAGGACUCCUGGACAUAGUGACCCCAGAACAGCUGUUUGUGAGUGUCCAGGACGCAGCUGCUCAUGCCCUGGAGAGACUGGUGUGUGGGCAAUAGCAACAGGAGUGGGAGCCAGAAGGGGCUGGGCUUUGGCAAGCAAGGGGAGCUCACUGGGCCAAAGGCUUGUACCGCGUGAGUGUGACCCAUUUGCUUGGAGCGUGGAAAGCCUCAACAGCCCAUGUGUAUGGAUGACCAUGGUCCCUGAGUCCUCUCACUUAAUGUAACUAAUAAAACGAAGCUGGAAGCCUCUGGGGUCCAC